CAAAAGCUGCGAUUGCUGCUGCCUGUGCUCCCACGGCACCAUGGCCGGGCCCGGCAGCUUCCCACUCGUCGCCCUGCUCCUCAGCCAGUGCCUGGACACCGGGACCAGCAAGGCAGGGCUGAAGCUCUGGGCCGAGGACCCCGUGGCCCUGGGGUCCCCCCUGCAGCUUCACUGCGCCUUCCCGGGCCAGGAGCACAUCACCCUGGUGAGCUGGUGGCGCUGGGGCCAGAACUGGAGCCGUGAGGACCUGGCCGUGAUACACCCCACACACGGGGCCCACGUGCUCCCCGCUGUCCGGGGCCGCCUGCGGAUCACCAAUGUGUCCGACGACGGGCAGGUGGGGCUCACGGUGCCCAGCCUGGAGCUCGCGCACAACGACACCAGCUACUGCUGCAAGUUCUCCACCUUCCCCUCCGGCGUGUCGGAGCAGUGCCUGCAGGUCCUGAUCCCCGAGCCCGCCACUGACCCCUCCCCGGCCCCCCACUCCUUGGGCCGCACCUUCCUGCGCCCCGACGUGCUGGGGACGCUGGGCACCGGGGGCUUCUUCCUGCUGGGGAGCGUCCUGCUGCUGGGCCACCUCCUGCGGGAGUGGACAAGGAGGCGGAGGAAACUGAAGGUCUCUCAUCCCCACCCCGACCUGCCCAGCUCUCAGGAGACCCCCAUGGCUCUGUGGGUGCAGCAGGGGCUGCCGGGGCGGCGCAACUCUUUCUCCGCCCCCUACGUACUCAUCAACUUGGACUAUUUCACCCCCCAGUCCAGCGCCGCAGCCCACGGGGGGCCCCUGCACCCUACUGUAGUCCCCCGGCCUGGCCGGGACAGAGGGCAGGGCCCGGGGAAGAGCAGGGCCACGCGCUGGGAGCAGGGGCGUGAGGAGUAGUGCCCGGACCUGACGCUGACUUCCUUCCCCUUGGGAUUUGGCGCCCCCCAAAGCUUGAGGGACCGUCCCGCCUCUGCGAAGACAGGACGUUGUCCACCCCUCGUGCCACGCGCAGGAUCCCAUGGCUGGAGCCAACCUCUCCCAGAGCCACCCGCCCCAGAGCCGUUGUGACAGGAUGGGAAUUGUCUGGAACAUUUUCUGUGGAGACUGUGUGUGCCUCAGUUUCCCCAGACACACAGCGUGGUGGGAAAAGGCGGCUCGCUCUCGGGCUGGGCACAACAUAGGGGGGGCCGGCGCCGGGCUGUCCCAAUCUCUGGAGACAAUGGCAAAGUGAGUGACCGGGACAUUUGGUACCGAGCGACCAUGAACAGCCCCCGCCCGCAGGCAGCCGGCUGGGUGGGCCCAGCCAGAAAGCCAAGAACCAAGCCGGGCUGGGCUCUGGGUGACCUGGGUGGGCCAGGCUGAACCUCUGUGUUCUCCACAAAUAAACCACCCGGGGGGGAAACUGGUCUCAGUGAGCCCCCCCCCGCCCCCGUUCCUCUAGGUCCUACAGAUAAACAUGCUGCUUGAUUCGCUCUCUCGGCCAAGAGGCGGGUGCUUUGUUUGGUUCUGGCAGCGGCUGUGAGUGACGGAGUGGGCGAGUCCCCCCCCAGGGACUGGAGCUCAUGGACAGCAUCGGGGGGGCUGCAGGCUCCGAUCUCCAGCCUGGGGAGGCGGUGAAGCCGCAGGGCUGACCCUGGAGGAAGGAGGAGACCCCCGCGGGGCUCUAGUACACUGACGGGUUCAUCCUAGAGACCGUGAGAGCUGUCCCUCCCCAGUGCCACCCGCAGAGCCUUCCCCUCCCGGUGCCAGGUCUGCAGCCGUUCGCCCCUCGGUGCUGCCCUGGAGCUGGCCAGGGCAUUAUGGGCCAUCUCGGGCCCUGGCCUGCAGGGGAUGAUCUUGCCCAGGUCCUGGGAGGGUCUUGGGGACAGCGACAGCUGCCCCUCGCCCCCGCCCCCCCGAACUCCUGGGUCCGUUUCAGAGCAGGGCCUCAGCAACAGUGGUUUCCUGCCUGGCCCCGGACUGCGAAGAUGCUGCUGCUAUGUUGUGUCACAUCCUGUGGUGGUGGCUGAUUUCACCCCAUGGGUGUGUCACCAGCUCUGUGGUUCCUCGCAGCUCCGGCCCUGAGUGUCCGUCCAUUGCUUUGUGUCUGUCUGUCUGCUUCCCGCCCACCCCUUCCCUAGGGCCCCAGCGCUCAGGGGGUAACCUGGUCUCAGCGAGGCCACCCCUGUUCCUGUAGGUCCUACAGAUAAACAGGCUGCUUGAUUCGCUCUCUUGGCCAGGGGGCAGGUGCUUUAUUUGUUAACAGCAGCAGGGCAGGUGUUGAUGCCACCUCACUGCACCCGUCUCCCGCUGCCACCACGUUCAUUGCUGGUGGGUGCAGGGAGCCGUGGGGUACCCCGGGUACCAGCGCCCCUGCAGUGCAUCGUGGGAGAUUCCCAAGUGCUGCGGAAGAUGGGAGCAGGAGGCGGAGCUGGGCCAAGCAGGAGGGCGGAUUUGAUCACAGGCACCACCUUGGGACCGUCAACUGAUGUGCUGAAAUGACCUCUGAGCCUGGUUCCCCUGCCAGCUUGGGACUCCAACACCCUGCCUUGUGGAGCCAGACACGCUAGCCUGCUUAUUUAGGCUGGAGGUUUUUUUACUUUUAACUACUAGAUUCCCUCCCAAGGAAGACUCACCAGGCUAGAGCAGCCAUCUGUGGGAGCCUGCAGGAAGGGUCAGAACAGGGAUAGGAAAAGAAGCGGUGGACACUAAGACCUAGUGGUGCCCCAAAUUUUCAGGUGCCCUACGCAGCUGCCUAUGUUGCCUAUGCCUAAGGACGGCCCUGACCCUGGGGCGCUCUGUGUGCCGGGGGCUGGUUCCUGGGGGGUGGCCAGGACUCCGGUGUGAUCGCUGAGCCCUGCCCCAGAUGUGCAGGGGUCCCCAGACCCCCUCCCCCCACGGGGGGGGAUACCCCGGCCCAGAGACGCUGGUUCCUCUGUGGGUCCAGCUGAGCUGCUGGGACGUGGGAAAAGGGGAACUGAGGCAGCUAAUUAUAGUGCAGCUUUACACCCUGGCCCCCCGGUCCCCUCCCCCACAGCUCCAGCGCCCCUCCCCCUGAGUUCCCAUGUCCCCUGCAGCCCCCACCCAAUUAUGCAGGCCCCAUGUCCUCCACCCCCUGUGCCCUAUGUGCCCCCUUGUGCUCUGGAACUGCUCCCUACGAAGCCAGCCCAGACUCUGGGGGAGCCUCCUCUCUCUGGGAGCAGUCUGUCUCCUGGGGCAGCCAGCGGGCCCUGCAUCCCAACGCUGUGUGUGAGACGUGACUCUCGGCCAGCCGGGAGAUCAGAAGGUUUGUCAGUCGACAGGAACACGGCAUAGUGUAGAACCGAUAUAUGAAAUUGUUUUUAAUUGUUCACUUUAUCAAUAUAACUUCUGUUUGCUGUUCGCCAUCCACUGCACUUGCCUACAUUGUACCUUCUGUUCACUGUUUGCCAUAGUGUAAUUCAAACCCCGUUUUCAAACACUCACUCCAUUUUGUAAAAGCUUCCUCCAACCUUCAA